AUGAACUACACUAGUGCCCACAAUCGCGAGCAGAUCCUCGAGUCGGCCGAUGAGGACUGCGAGGAUUGCAAGCAGGCUAUCAAGAUCGUCUGCAGCAUGCUGAGCCACACUCUCAUAUCUGAGACUGCCAGCUUCAUGACCCUUGCCUCGCGCAAGCUCUACCCCGUGGCCAUGCGAGGCAAUCCGGCCACCCCGGCCGCCACCAGCCUGCGAGAGUAUCACUUCAUCGUCUUGAUGGUCAAGCUCGCCUCCUCCCAUGCCGACGGUCGAGCUCAGGACUUUGCGGAUAACCGCUUCGCUGUCCACAACCUCCUCCUUGAGGAACGCCAGCACGAGCACCUCGCCGAGCACUUCCGCAUGCUCAUGGGACUGUGGGUCAAGGAAGCAUGGGAAAAGCAGCGAGAGGAGGACAUGAAGAAGCAGCAGAGGCAUGCGUGGGAGAAGAAGACGAAGAAAUUACAGGAGGAGCGGGAGCGGGAGCGACACGAGGCUGAGAACAGCGACCGCGACAGCAACAGUGACAGCAACAGCGACAGCAACAGCGACGAUAGAGUCAACCAGGAUAGCUACUCGCCUGCGUCCCAUACCGUCCAGAUCGACCGAGAGGACGACGAUGAGAUCGUGGCGCCGAAUCUGUUCGCUCUGAUGGCCUCCAGAGAGAAUGAUACCUACGAGGACGAGGAGACGGCCUCCGAGAAGGAGGAGACCUCUUCCGAUGAGAUGGAAACGUCUUCCGACGAGGAGACCUCGCUCGACGAGGAGAUGUUUGGCGACGGAUACGAAAGCGAGCUCUUUACAGCCAUAGCCAAGACAAAAAGCUUGUAUGAUGCGGAGGAGGUUGGCCGAGUACAAGCAGGUUUGCCGGAUAGAAGGAUGGUUGGGCUGACGAUUAUCCAGAGUGCUGUUCAACUGCCCUCCGCUGCCGCACCGGAAGAGUGGGUACAUAUCAGGGGAAACCGGGGAUCUGCACAAUUAUCUUGGAGACCCCCACAGGCAUAUCCCCCAGACCCCAGGAACGGCUUCCCCAGUGACGACAUAGCGGACCCUUGGGCGGUGUAUUCUUUGCCGAAGUUCACGAUUCUCCCCGAUAUAAAAGCAGCGAGAGCCGCGAACGGGCAAGACAAGAUGAGUUCCUGCAGCAAGGCCCUCCUCAUCAUGUCUCUCACGAUGCGCAAGACUCUUGCCGCUGCGGCACUCCAGCUGCCCCUCGUCUUCUCGCAGGCCACGCUUGAGGUCUCUGCUGAGAACACGUGCGUCGUCCAGCCCGGCCCCAACGGCACUGACUCGGCGCCGGCGAUCAUUGAAGCCUUCCACAAGUGCGGGCACAAUGAUGCUGCCAACAGAGGCAAGGUCGUGUUCCUCAACCAGACCUACACGGUCAAGACGGUCAUGAACACGACUGGUCUUAGCAACGUCGACGUCGAUCACCAGGGCACCCUCCUGUGGGAUCAGAACGUUGAGUACUGGCUCAACAACUCCCUUCCCGUAGGCUAUCAGAACCAGAGCAGUGCCUGGCUGUUCGGCGGAGAGGGAGUGAGGUGGGAUGGUCAUGGUUAUGGUAGUCUUGACGGCAAUGGGCAAGUUUGGUACGACUACAUCAAUGGAACCAACAACUACCCUGGUCGUCCACACUCAAUCACCUAUACCGGUGUGAGGGACACCGUUAUCGAGAACCUGAGAUUUGUCCAGAGUCAGAUGUGGACAAUGACGAUCAUCCACGCCGAGAAUGUGCUAUUGGAGAACAUCUACGUCAACAGUACAGACUUGGAGCACCCUGUUGGGUUCGACUUCUCGUCUUUGAAUACUGAUGGAGCCGAUACUGUCUAUGCCAACAACAUCACCUUCCGUAACUGGGUAGUCGACAAUGGCGAUGACAGCAUUGCCAUGAAGGCGAACAGCACAAACAUUCUCAUUGAGAACUGCGAUUUCUACACCGGAUUGGGAAUUGCCAUCGGUAGCAUCGGACAAUAUGACGGCCAAUUCGAGACAAUUGAGAACGUGACGAUUCGCAACGUCACAAUCAACAAGAACAUGCGCUACGGCGCCUACGUCAAGACCUGGACGGGCAACAGCACCGGCUACCCACCCAACGGCGGCGGUGGUGGGCUGGGCUACGCGGCCAACAUCACCUUCGAGGACUUCCACCUCAAGAACUCGUCCGGCAUCUUCGCCAUCACGCAGUGCACGAGCUACAACUCGGCCAGCGGCGGCUGCGACACGAGCAAGUUCAAUAUCCGCGACAUGCGCCUCAUCAACUGGAGUGGCACCGCCGCCAGCGAUGUCAUCAGCGACAUCCAGUGCAGCGCCGCGAGCCCCUGCACCGGGAUUGUGCUUGAUGAGAUUGAUAUCAUCGACUCGAUCAACGGCACGCGCCCGGCGAAUUAUCUGUGUGAUAAUGUGGUCGAUCCUACAGGAUUCAACUGUACUGGUCUGCCGUGGGAGGAAAACCCCAGAUGGACUCCACAGCAAUUGCUUCAAGUCAAGGAGAAGAGCGCGGGCGGAGGGCUGAAGGAUAGAGACGUGGUAGUGUUGCAAUUGCAAGAAGUCAAAAAGGCUGUUCCUCAAACUAGCCUACUGAAUGAAGCGAGCCGUGUGAUUGUCAGCCACAAAUGCCGCGGACGAAAGACAUUCGAGAUGGUCGGUGGAUCCUGGAAGGUCCCGGGAGGCAAGUGGGUCUCCUCUGACCCUUUGUCCCAGUAUGUCAAAUAUUCCCCGAAAUCCAAGCGCGGCAAACCUGCCGGCCGUCGCGAAGAAGUUGAGAAGUUCUCGUCCUUCGGGAUUAAUGUCCUUGAGCGCGCGUUUAAUGGCGGUUUUGACAGGCCGGAUCACGCACAGCUCUCCGGGUGCAGUUGCACCGGCUGCUGGUACGCCACCCGCAAGCAGCUCGCUAUUCACAACCGUGUCAUUGGGUCUGGCUAUAAUCAGCGCUUUGCCCGCUUUCUUGAGGAUAAGUCGAAACAGCGCCGUCGUGCGGCGAAGCGUGACGUGCGCGCUGGUUUGCUGGAUGCUGAGGACGACGAGUAG